CUUAUUGACUUAUUUACCCAACAGACGUUCAACAGCCCCUUCACAUUAAAGAGGAAGAGGAUGAUCCACAGCCCACCUACAUUAAAGAGGAAGAGGAGGAUCCACAGCACACCCACAUGAAAGAGGAAGAGGAAGAUCCACACAUGAAAGAGGAAGAGGAGGGAGAGUGUGUUGUAGGGCAGGAGGAGGAUGAUGUCAGCAAGUUUCCACUGACUGUUGUCUCUGUGAAGACUGAAGAGCAUGAAGGCAAAGCACCUGAGUCCUCACAGCUUCAUCACAGUCCAAACGUCCAGCGGGUGUCAGCGGGGAGUCAUGAAGAGGAGUGGCACACCAGUGUGGGACAGAAGGAGCUACAGGCCCCCUCCCACAUUAAAGAGGAGCAGCUUCAUGAUGAAGAUGAAGCUCAGUCCUUACAGCUUCAUCACAGUCAAAGUGAGGAGAACAGAGGGGCGGAGCUUGUAAGUCAACACAUCACAGAAGCUGAUGGAGAGCAUUGUGAAGAUAUCAAGUCAGAACCAGACAGCAUCUUUGCUCCACUGUCAGACAUGGACCACAUGAUGUCACACUCUUCUGAUCACAGUGACCACAUCCAAAAACCUUUGGAGAGUAAAAAUGACUCUAAAGGUGAUACGAGACAUCACACUAACAACAAACACUUUGACUGCUCUGAAUGUGGGAAAUCAUUUAGAAAGAAGAGUCAUUUUACAGAACACAUGAGAACACAUACUGGAGAGAAACCUUUUGCUUGCUCAGCUUGUGCUAAAAGAUUCAAAACUAAGAAGGAAAUGAUAUUACACAUGAGAACACACACAGGUGAGCAAUCUUUUGCUUGCUCUGUUUGUAAGAAGAGUUUCUCCAGAAAGGAACACAUGACCACACACAUGAGAACACACACUGGAGAGAAACCUUUUACUUGCUCUGUUUGUAAGAAGAGUUUCUCCAGAAAGGGUGACAUGACCACACACAUGAGAACACACACUGGAGAGAAACCUUAUGCUUGCUCAGCUUGUGCUAAAAGAUGCAACACUAAGAAAGUCAUGAUCACACACAUGAGAACACACACAGGUGAGAAACCUUUUACUUGCUCUGUUUGUAAGAAGAGUUUCUCCAGAAAGGGUGAUAUGACCACACACAUGAGAACACACACUGGAGAGAAACCUUUUGCUUGCUCAGCUUGUGCUGAAAGUUUCAACACUAAGAAGGAACUUAUAUUACAUGUGAGAACACACACAGGUGGUAAACCUUUUACUUGCGCCGUUUGUAAGAAGAGUUUCUCCAGAAAGGAACACAUGACCAGACACAUGAGAACACACACUGGAGAGAGACCUUUUGUUUGCUCAGCUUGUGCUAAAAGAUUCAACACUAAGAAGGAAAUGAUAUUACACAUGAGGACACACACAGGUGAGAAACCCUUUGCUUGCUCUGUUUGUAAGAAGAUUUUCUCCAGAAAGGAACACAUGACCACACACAUGAGAACACACACUGGAGAGAAACCUUUUACUUGCUCUGUUUGUAAGAAGAGUUUCUCCAGAAAGGGUGACAUGACCAUACACAUGAGAACACACACUGGAGAGAAACCUUUUGCUUGCUCAGCUUGUGAUAAAAGAUUCAACACUAAAAAGAAAAAUAUAUUACACAUGAGAACACACACUGGAGAGAAACCUUUUGCUUGCUCAGCUUGCGCUAAAAGAUUCAACACUAAGAUUGAAAUGAUGUUACACAUGAGAACACACACAGGUGAGAAACCUUUUUCUUGCUCUGUUUGUAAGAAGAGUUUCUCCAGAAAAGAACACAUGACCACACACAUGAGAACACACACUGGAGAGAAACCUUAUACUUGCUCUGUUUGUAAGAAGAGUUUCUCCAGAAAGGGUGACAUGACCAUACACAUGAGAACACACACUGGAGAGAAACCUUUUGCUUGCUCAGCUUGUGCUAAAAGAUUCAACACUAAGAAGAAAAUUAUAUUACACAUGAGAACACACUCAGGUGAGAAACCUUUUACUUGCUCUGUUUGUAAGAAGAGUUUCUCCAGAAAGGGUGACAUGACCAUACACAUGAGAACACACACUGGAGAGAAACCUUUUGCU